AACAUGUUAAAAUACAAAAUACAUUUUAAACAUAAUAAUAAUAAUAAUAAUAAUGUAUUUAUAUUCCCCGCCUCCCUGUGGAUCGAGGCAGGAUUACAACCGAUAAAAUCAAACAACACAUUUACACAAACCAACAGUUAAAAUACAAUACUUUAAAACCACACAAAAACACUCAUAUAAAUAUGGUACAUUUUUUAAAAUACAGUCUACAUGUUUUUAAAAAAUCACGAUUUAAAAGAAUAAACCUUUAAGUGCCGUGACUGAAUGCAAUGGAAUUGUGGGGCUUGUAGUUUUGUGAGACUUUUAGCCUUCUCUGCCAGAGAGGCCUGGUGCCACAAGGAACUAUAAAUGCCAGACUUCCAUAGGAUGGAGCCAUGACCUCAGGCUUCUUUUCCCAAGCCAAACCAGCUUCCAAGCCUUGGUCAUCCUUCUCUAGACAUAGAAACAUAGAAUCAUAGAGCUGGAAGAGACUGCAAGGGCCAUCCAGUCCAACCCCAUUCUGCCAUGUAGGAAAUCUAAAUCAAACCAUCCCCGACAGAACUGGACACAAGAUUCCCACAGAUGAAGUCUGACCAAAGCAGAAUAGAGUGGCUCUACUGCUUCCCACAAUCUGGACACUAUACUGCUGUUGAUUCAGCCUGGAAUUGUGUUGGCCUCUUUUGAUGCUGCAUCACACUCUCAACUCAUAUUUUGCUUGUGCAGAUCCUUUUUGCUGCCUUUCUCACCCCAUGGGGUUUUUUUUGGUUAAACUUUGGUAUUUUCUCUCCUCCUAGAUAAGCAGGGGGAUCCCUCUCUGCGCCCCCCGGUCUCCUUGACUGGGCCAUGUCUACAGAGAGCUCUCCUCUGCUCAGUUACCGUCUCUUCCGGGUGUCAGGGGAAGGAGAGAUGCCGGGGGUCACACAAGAAGAGGCCCCGCUGGUGGUGGGGGUGGUGGGCUCCGGCGGCGCUCACCCCGACCCGGCCCGCCAGCUCUCCACCUUCUUCGGUGUCAUCGUGCCCACCGUCCUCUCCAUGUUCAGCAUUGUGGUCUUCAUGCGCAUUGGGUUUGUGGUGGGCCAUGCAGGCUUCCUCCAGUCUCUCCUGAUGCUGGUGGUGGCCUACUUCAUCAUCUCCUUGACCGUCCUGUCGGUCUCUGCCAUCUCCACCAAUGGGGCUGUCCAAGCCGGAGGGGCCUACUUCAUGAUCAGCCGGACUCUGGGCCCCGAAUUUGGGGGCAGCAUUGGUCUCAUGUUCUACCUGGCCAACGUCUGCGGCUGUGGGGUUUAUGUCCUUGGGCUGGUGGAGGCCAUUCUGGAUGACUUUGGCGCAGAUGGAUCGGUGCCUCCCGGGGCCAAGGCCUUACCGCAGGGCUACCUCUACAGCUUCCUCUAUGGCUCUCUGGUGCUCUUCCUCUGCCUGCUGGUCUGCCUGGUGGGCUCCCACAUCUACUCCCGGGCGGCCUUCUUCAUCUUCCUGGUGGUCAACAUCAUCUUGGUCACCAUCUUUGCCAGCUUCUUCGCCGUCUCCCCCCGGGAAAUCACGAUCACCCACGACGGCAACCAGAGCCUCAACGCCUCCUUCACCGGCUUCAACAUCUCCACUCUCAAGGACAACAUGUACGCCAAGUACUCCCAAGAUUAUACCACAAACAACAUGAUGUCCUUUGCCACAGUCUUUGCCGUCAUGUUCAAUGGUUGCACAGGCAUCAUGGCCGGCUCCAAUAUGUCAGGGGAACUGAAAAACGCCAGCAGCUCCAUCCCAAAGGGGACUAUUGUGGCUGUUGUGUACACCUUCGUCAUCUAUUUCUUCCUCUUCUUCAUGACCAGCUUUACCUGUGAGAGGGCGCUGCUGAUAGGGGACUAUGGGUUCUUCCGGGCCAUCAACAUCUGGCCUCCCUUUGUCCUGAUCGGCAUCUACUCCGCAUCUCUCUCAGCCUCCAUGAGCAACCUUAUCGGUGCCUCGCGGAUCCUCCAUGCCUUGGCCAAGGAUGACCUGUUUGGGAUUGUCCUGGCGCCUGCAAAGGUGGUCUCCAAAGGGGGCAACCCUUGGGUCGCUGUCCUCUACACCUGGGGCCUUGUGCAGCUGGUGCUCCUCGUGGGAAAGCUCAACACCAUCGCCAGCAUCGUUACCGUCUUCUACCUCGUGGCCUACGCGGCCGUGGACCUGGCAUGCCUGGCGCUCGAGUGGGCCUCUGCUCCCAACUUCCGGCCCACCUUCCAGCUCUUCUCGUGGCACACGUGUUUCCUGGGCAUCGUCUCCUGCCUGGUGAUGAUGUUCCUCAUCAGCCCAGCCGGGGCCUCUGGCAGCCUGGGACUCAUGCUGUUGCUGCUGGGCUUCAUCCACCUCCGCUCCACCGCAUCCUCCUGGGGCUACAUCAGCCAAGCCCUCAUCUUCCACCAGGUGCGGAAGUACUUGCUUCUCCUGGACAUCCGGAAGGACCAUGUCAAAUUCUGGCGGCCGCAGAUCCUGCUGAUGGUAGCCAACCCCCGGGGUGGCUCCCAGCUCAUGAAGUUCAUCAACCACCUCAAGAAGGGAGGCCUUUUUGUCCUGGGACACGUGGAGAUCGGGGACCUCGACACCAUGCCAUCUGACCCCAUCCAGGCCCACUACAACUUCUGGCUGAGCCUGGUAGACAAGCUGAACAUCAAGGCAUUUGUAGACUUGACCCUGUCCCCCUCGGUCCGGCAAGGGACGCAGCACCUCCUGCGGAUCACCGGCUUAGGUGGGAUGAAGCCAAACACGCUGGUCCUCGGCUUCUAUGACGACUGCGUCCCGGAAGACUACUUCCUCCAAGACCCGGCCUUCAGCCAGGCGCGGGAGAAUGACGAGUUCGGGGUAGACCUGGCAGCUCUGCAGGCCCACUUCCCACCUGUGAGGCCGGCUGAGAGCCCCAGGGCCCUGAGUCCAGCCGAAUACGUGGCCAUCAUCUCAGAUGCGGUGAAGAUGCACAAGAACGUGUGCCUGGCUCGCUACUUCCACCUCCUGGAGAAGGACCAGCCUUCCUCCUCUUCCUCCUCCUCUUCCUCCUCCAAGCGGCGUUUUGAAGGCCGCUACAUUGACGUCUGGCCCCUCAACCUCCUGCGGCCACACACCCCGACCUACGUGGACAUCUGCAGCCUCUUCCUCCUCCAGAUGGCCUGCAUCCUCACCAUGGUCACUUCCUGGAAAUCCGCCCGGCUUCGCAUCUUCCUCUGCGUCGAGUCCGGAGACCUGGGCUGGGUCAGCAAGGAAGAGAAGCUGCGGGAGCUCCUGACCAAGCUGCGGAUCAAGGCCACCAUCAAGAUCGUCACCUGGGACCAAGUGGUGGCCCUCAACGGACUCCAGCACCCCGAGGCGGAAACGCCGUCCCCCCCGGGACGCCCAGCGCCACGUGACGGGGAAACGUUUCUCAACGCCGCCACCUUCCGGGUGACAGAUGAGUACCUGGCCUCCGUCAACAGCCUGCUGCGGAAACAGGGGGGCCAGACAGCCGUGCGCUUCCUCUACCUCCCCCGGCCGCCCGCCGACACCUCGCAAUAUGAGCGCUACCUGGAGCAGCUAGGGGUCCUCACCACCGACCUGGGCCCCACCUUGCUCAUCCACGGACUGACCCCCGUCACCUGCACAGAGCUCUGAGGGGGGAGAGAACGCCUGGGACCCCAACGCCCAGGGUUCCCUCGGGACAGCGUGGCUGGGGGAUUCUGGGAGUCGGACUCCGUAAAAGGGGAGCGCCGCAUCCUUGGGGAUUCUCGCAGGGAGAGAUUUCCUGUCUGCGGUGGACCUUUUUGCGAUAGAAACAAAAGCUCUGCCACAUUUGAGGAAGGAGUUGAAAGAAAGAAAGGGUGCCUUGUCUUUUGAACAAAUGUCGCGGACUUCUUAACUCAAAAGAACUCAGUUUUGGGGUCUUUUGCAUCAGUGACUUUGGGAAAGUGGGGCUUUUGUCGGUUGCCAAGCACUUCGCAAAUCUCAACGAGGUUUAGAAAAUUCCAAUCGGACGGAAGAAGAGGGAGAUGGAGUCUUUUAGGAUGGGUCUCUUUUGUCCCUACAGUUUGGGACACAUGCCUUCCAUGCCCUCGCGUUGCACUCUCCCCAUCUAGCACUUGAACGGCCUCUUUUCCUGAGGAAUUUGCCUGUUUCUGGAGGCGUUUUUUGGCUUAAAAUGGGGCAAUUCUCACACCUUUCUACUUUUAAGGGGAAGAAAAGGAAAUAACUAACUGCUAACUAACUCAUGCUGCCUUGGUUCAAAGGCCCCUUUCCUUGAACCUUCUCAGCUGUCUUCAAAGGCUGGAAGUUUGAAAAAGUUCCUUUUGGAGUGUGUGAAAAGCUUGAGGAAGUUCCUUUUUGGGGGGCCUACAAUGGCCAGAUCUGCUGGCUCUGGGGUAUUCAGGCCAUUGUAGGUCCCCCAAAAAGGAACUUCCUCAAGCUCUGAAAAUGUGUGAACAACUCCCAGAUUUCCCCCAAUGGCAAAGCAUAACCACUGCUCAGGCCGGGUAGUGGAUUCUGGGUGCUGCAGUCCAUAGUUUCCUAACCUUGGGGACUCUCCCAAGGAUGAAUUUCCUAUCUGUGGCACACCUUUUCUGACCAAAAGAUGUGGAAUUUCCCCACGGAUGAAUGGACUUUGGGAAAUCCUGUUUCCUUGCCUGUUUUUGGCAUCGUUCCUGUGGAUCAUGAGUGUGUCAGGAGGGGGGAGAGAGGCCUCCGUUUAGAUUUCCCCCUGGCUGCGAAAUUAUAUCCAUCGUCUUCCCUUUUAACCCAGCUAACUGUAGACAGCGAGCCAUUAUGGAAAGGGCUGUGUGUCCCUAAAAGGGGUACAGCGUCAUGCCCCCAAAUAACUUCACAGGUGCUUUGUACUAAUCAUUAACACGCCGGUUUAACUAUUUUGUUUAUUUUUGGUGGGCGGUGAUGGUGUUCUGAUGCCUCCAAUGAUGGAUAACCAUAGAGAGGAAGAGCGCUUGCUGGAGCGGAUGGGUUGUGUGUAUGCGAGCGCGUGUGUGUCACUGCGGUGGAGUGAAUGGCGUGAUUUAGGCAUUAACACUCAACUUGCGGGGAGGAGGAUAGUUUCUACUUUUCAAUGGAAGUGGGCAAUAAAAGCGAAACUUAACAAGGA